AUGUUCCUCUCCACGCUGCUUGCACUCAACACCUUCUGGUGUGCCGGGGCGGCACAAGUGAGGCAACACCCCGCAGACUGCAAAUCCGCGCUGCGCGAGUGGGCGAGGGCCGACCCGGAGCCGCAGACGAUCAACAAGCGCGCUGGCAGCGGAUACGUGCAAGCUGUGCACUUCGCGGACUGGGGCGCAAACUUCCAGCCAACGAACAUCGCGCCGAGCGACCUCGCGCAUAAUCUGCAUGCGCUCGCGGGCGAGCCGCCGCAAAUCUUGGGAGACUCGAGGGGUGAGGCUGGAAACAACCUGCUUAAGCGCCUGAAGCAGAUGCACCUGCUCAAGCUCGCAAACCGAAACCUCAAGUUGCUUCUCUCUGCCCGCGGCUGCACCCACUUGCAGGCAGGCUACUUCAACUUGGCUGCGGACCCGCCGCCCCGCUCCGCUUUUGCCCCCACCGCAACGCCUGGCAUCGAGAACUUCAGGCUUGGCGUCGACAUCGAGUGCGCAAGCGCGCCCGCGCUCGCCGCGGGCCUCACAAGCCUUCUCGUGGAGCUCCGCACCGGGUUCGGUGCGCUCGCGAAGAAGAGCACCCUCCCACUCUCGGGCGCGCCUGCCAGCAAGAAUCAUACCUCCGCCACACUGUACUCCCGCGACUUGUCCAAUGGGGAUUGCGCGAGCUACAACGCGCCGAGCAUUGCGAAGGCAAAAGCGCAGUGCGCCACGGUCAAUGGGCUUGCGCGAUCUUUGCUCUGGGACCUGGGUGCGGGCAAGGCCGGCUCGGACGCGCCCGCGCACACCACGAGCCGGGCGCGCAGUAGCCUCGACCAGGUGCAGAACCGCAUCGAGUGUGCUACCUCUCGCCGCGACCACCGGCGCAUCCCUGAGGGCUAG